AUGCUUAUCACCGAAUUCCGCGUUAUCCUACCGAUGACUGUCGAAGAAUAUCAAGUGGCACAGUUAUAUGCAACAGCAAAAGUUUCGAAACAGAACACAGGCGGCGGCGAAGGUGUAGAAAUUCUAGCUAAUGAACCAUUUCAAAAGUCCAUGUCGGAAGCAUUCCUUGGCAGAUACAAUACUGGCCAAUAUACGAAAAAAAUUUAUCACUUAGGAUCUCGUGUACCUGGUUGGGUUCGUUUAAUAUUUAAGGAUUCUACAUUAUCAUUGAAUGAAGAAGCUUGGAACGCUUAUCCAUAUUGUAAAACCGUGCUGACGAAUCCAUUCAUGAAAGACAAUAUGAUUAUUGAUAUUUCAACAUUACAUGUCGCUGAUCGUGGCGAAUCCGAAAAUGUACAUCAACUGACAGGCGAUGAAUUGAAGAAACGUAAUAUUGUGUAUAUUAACAUUGCUGAAAAAGUCAAUCGUGCUGAUUAUAAACCUGAAGAUGAUCCAGAAAAGUUCAAAUCAGCCAAAACUGGUCGAGGGCCACUUCUCUCAACCGAACCAUGGUUCAAGACUUGUCAACCGUAUAUGUGUUGUUAUAAAUUAGUUCGAGAAAAAUUCAAAUGGUUCGGUAUUCAAACAAAAGUAGAAAAUUUGAUUAUGUCUCAAGAAGAACGUCUAUUUCGAAACUUCCAUCGACAAUUGUUCUGCUGGACGGAUGAAUGGUAUGGCUUAACUAUGCAAGAUAUUCGAGCUUUGGAAGCAGCAGCCGUCGACGAACUAAACCGAGAACGUAAAGAAGGACAAAAGAAAGGUUUUACUACGGAAGAAUAG